CAAUAACUUCAAAAUACAAAUACACAUUUUUAUUUAUUUGUAUUUCAUUUGUCCAUUUAAUAACAAUACAUACAAAUGUGUGUUACCUCAUUUGCAUAUGAGAAGCAUGAACAUAAUUUCCAUGACAAACAAAUGUGUGUGUGUGUGUGUGUGCUUGCGUGCGUGCGCGUGUGUGUGUGUCUUGGGGUAUAUAAAACGUUGCAUCAGGAGAACAGCCCAUAACUUCCUUCCAGCUAAGAGAGUGUGCAGCACUGACAUCCUCAAUUAUGGGUGACUUCUCCUUCCUGGAUAAUUAUACGGACUUCAACUUCAACAUUACUGAUUCAGACUUCAACUUCACUUUACCUGAGUUUCCCGAAAUCGUGAUGCCCAAGAUUCAACCCAUCCAAAUGGUGGCCCUGACCUGCUACGCACUCGUGGUUGUCUUUGGCGUUCCCGGAAACGCCAUCGUGGUGUGGGUGACCGGCUUCAACAUGCCCUCGUCGGUCACGUCCAUCUGGUUCCUCAACCUAGCGCUGGCUGACCUCCUGUGCUGCCUCUCGCUGCCUCUUCUCAUGGUGCCUCUGGCCCAUGAUGACCACUGGCACUUUGGUCCGUUGGCCUGCACGUUGGUCAAAGGCUUUUUCUACUUGGUGAUGUAUUGCAGCGUCCUGCAGCUGGUCUUCAUAAGUCUGGAUCGGUGCUUGCUGGUGGUCAGGCCAGUGUGGUGCCACAACAACAGGCGAACCAAGUAUGCCAUCCUAGGUUGCGUGGGGGUGUGGUGCCUGGCCCUCAUAGGGAGCAUCCCACAGUUUGUCUACACCAAGGAGGUCACGCUGAGUGAACACAAGCGAGAGUGCCUGGUGGUGCACAGCAUAGAGAGCGCCUGGAUCGUCACUAUACUCCGCUUCCUGCUGGGCUUCAUCCUCCCCCUCCUGGCCAUCAUCAUCUGCCACUGGGUGGUCUACAGCAGAGCUGACAGUAAAAUGGCGCAAGGCAGGACUCGCUCCAAGCGAACGCUGAGGGUCAUCGUGGCCGUGGUGCUCUCGUUCUUUUUGUGCUGGCUCCCUCUGCACAUUGUAGACUUUCUCCUCCUGGUGACCCCUCGGAAUUCCCCUCACAGCCCCUCUGUGUACCUGGCCCACGUUCUGACGCUCUGCCUGGCGUACUUCAACAGCUGCCUCAACCCGCUACUUUAUGUGUGUCUGGGCCGAGGCUUCAAAGACACAAUGAACCGCUCCCUGUGCAACAUCCUGCACUUGCUCAGCGAGGACCACACGCCCAAGAUCACCAGCGCUACUCAUGAAACCAAGGCCACAAGCUCCACGGAAAAGGAGGUGACCAAUGUGUGAUGGGGAGCAGACACUGAUGCAGUGUCUUAGUAAACACAACUGUGGCUUUUCCUUGCUUUCAUGGCCUUUCUGCCAUGGCCUUCAACAGAAAUUCAAGAUUCAAGAUUCAAGAUUCAAGAGUUUUAUUGUCAUGUGCAUGGUAAAACAGCAGUAAUAUUCCACUGUCCGCUGUACUUCUUCAAAUACGUGAUGUUAUGUUGCAAAGGGAAGAAUAAAUGGCAAAAGAACAGCCAAUAAACACCCUGACCUUGUCUUAUAGAAUGGUUUCUAAAUGAUUUCAUAAAGUAGCAAGGUUUAGUUUGUGUCAAGGACUGCUUGAAAGAGGCUAUAACCAUGACGAUUGCUACACAAUUGCUAACAUUUGCUUCAUUUCCUGUUGGUGUUCAGGCUCAAAAGCUGAAAAACCACAAGGAAGCUUGCAGACGUGCUUCCACCCAUUUCCAAGUAGAUGAUUAUAAACAGAAGCUCAUUAAUGAUGUUACAUAGGAUGCCAUUGCUGCUGUCUUCUGUUGUAGGAGUUGUCUUUUUUGUCUGUCACCUCUUAUGUUGUUAUUGCUUUUGCUGUUGUCCAUCGUAGUUGUCUUUUUCUGCUAAAAAAGGAAUGUUGUUUUCAGUGUUACACAGGAUGGCAUGGUUGUAAACUUUUGGUGUCCUCCCCGUUGUCAGUGUUACAUAGGAUGCUACUCUGCUAAUGUCCUCUGUUGUCUUUUUGGCUCUUUUUUUCUAUUUUUUUUUGUAUGUCCCCUCUUGAGGCCUGUAUCACUAUUGCUAUCACUAUUGGUAUGCUGCCAUCUUCUGUUGCUGUUGGAUGUAAUUCCUCAAAUAACUGAGUGUACAACUAUGUUACCAUACCAAGAGCAACACUUGUUAUUUGAUGAGAAACUGCAGUCAUCCCAAAGGAGGCCACAUCAUGGAAACACAGGUACUUACCUACUGUAUGCACAAGUGUGAUGCUGUCAUACUCUUGACUCUGUGCCGUUAAAAUGACCUCUGUAAUGAUGACUGACUGGCUUCAACGACAGCUGACAACAAUUUAAGCCAGUCAUUAUAGAUGUAGAGCGGCUAGAGCGACGAGUUCUCAUGAGAUUUUAAUGAGAGAUCUGACAAAAAGUGAAGCACAAUAAUAAAGACAAAUUAAUAAAGAAGGUAAUGAUCAAUAAAUUAGUCAUAAAAUUGCAUUUAUACAAUUGUAGGUAGUAAAAAACAACUACAACAAAAUUCUAAAAAUAUAAAUUUAUUUCAUUUCUUUAAAUCGCUGAACGUUCUAUUUGUCUCCCGCACCCUCUCCAUUUUUGUGUAUGUAAUGAAGACGCUUGCGGCGGGAGACAAAUAUAACGCCGAUCAAUUUGUGGGGUCUGAUUUUUUGGAGGAGGCGUUUUUGUGAUGCUAAUGUAUGACUCUUUUCAACGCAUGUUGUUUUGAGAAGCCAAACUCAUUACUUAAGUGACACCAGCAACUAAGCAGAACUACGUUCUUCAUCACCGAAAUCUGACCAGAACUGGACUCGCGGGACCAAGUGGGGGGGUAAGUCACGGUUGAUGAACUACACUGCUGAUGCGGGGUGUCAUACAGCUUUAUGUCAAAGAAGUCCAACUAUCCCUUCAACCUUGUCUUAUAGAAUCCUUUCUAAAUGACUUCAUAAAGUAUCAAGGUCCAAGUUUCAGAACCGCUUGUGAGAUGGUAUGAACUGCUAACAUUUACUUCAUUUCCUGUUGGAGUUCCGGCUCCAACACCGCAGCCAUCCAAUACUACGUAGGAUGCUACUGCUACUGUUUUCUGUUCUAGUAGCUGCAGUUGCCCGUCUGUCCCAUCUUAAGGAAUGAUGUGACAUAGGUUGGCAGUGCUGCGGUUGACGUUAUUGCUUUUGCUGUUGUCGAUCGUAGUUUUCUUUUUUUGCUAUUCUCAUCUGCCCCCUAUUAAAGAAUGAUGUUGUUUUCAAUGUUACAUAGGAUGGCGUAUUGCAGUCUUCUGUUAUCUUUUUUGCUCUGUUCUUUCUUUUCUCCCUGUUUUUGUUGUUUUCUCGUUUCUUUCUGUUACAAAGAAUGUCACUGCUGCUGCUGUUAGCUUUGCUCUUGUCUAUUUUAGCUCUCUUCUCUGUCUGUCCACUCUUCAGGAAUGAAGACCCUGUUAUUGUUUUAAAGGACGUCAUUGUUGCUGUCUUCUGUUUUUUGUCGCUAUUUUCUCUGUCUGUCCCCUUUUGAAGGAGCAAUGCCACUCUCACUCUAGGAGGUCGUUGAUGCUGUUCCUGCUUUUGCUGUUCUCUCGGUUUACCCCCUCUUAAGCAGUGAUGUCGCUGAUCUUUUUUGCCUUUUUCUAUUUUCCAUCUUUGCAUGGAAAAUGAUGAUAAGGAAUGAUGUCAUUAUUAUGUUGCUGCUGUUGACAUUAUUGGUUUUGCUGCCAU